UGAGUCUGCGCGCGCAGGUGGCGCGAUGUCGGUGCGUCAGACUCGUUCGUCGCUUCAUGUAGUCUCGCCCGGGAGUGCGAGAAAGAGAGGGAGAGAGAGAGAAGUGAUAUUUAGUACUGGGUGGUUAAGCGUGGCAGAGAGAAACAGCAGAAAGAAACCGGCCGAAUCACAGUGACGGAAUACAGAGCACGGAAAAACUUUGCUUUUGUUGUCACUGGUAAAUACAAAAUUAAGAAAGCAAGUAUUUGAGACAUUUCUGAUUACUGGUAAACUCGUUUCUAAUGACUGCUACAUCUGACGAAAACAAAAUAUUUGCGUUUUGUCAGCUCCGCAAGUACUGAAUUCUUCAGCCGCAAAGUGGUGUGUAUCGGACUUUCUGAACUGUCAUCAUACAAAUCGGGGAAACUUCGAGGAAGAAGUAUAUGAUAAAUACACAAAAAUCAGAAAGGUUUUUAUUCACAAACAGAGAGAAAAGCGCGUCAAUUGAUAAGUUUGCAAAUAAAGAGUUAAGUUGUCGCGUUGUAUGUGUGUGCGUAUGAAUGUAGUGGAAAUCACCCCCUGGACUACUGGGCGCUGUUGACUCGUACGUUCACGUGACAAUCCGCCACUGCUGGAUCGACGUAGCGAGGGAGCAAGACAGGAAGGAGGGAGAAAGACGAAUAUAUCUCAUGAGACACACGAAGGUGGUCUCAUACGAGGCGGGCCGGUGAAUUUCAGCACUUCGUCAAGUUAUAAAUUUUUGUUCGCACGAAACCACAGAAAAGACCGAGUAACAAAAGAAAAAAGACAGACUAUAAGACGAAGAAGUUUAAAAUACAUAGGAGAGAAAGAGCAGGCCACUCGACUGACAGCUUCGCGAAUACCGAUGCGUAGCAGAGGCUGGACCGCGUGUUCUUGUCAGGUUCCACCAGUUACCGUUCUAUCCGACUGCGGUGCAGCUUGUUGUUAUUGUUGUUGUUGAUCGAUAACCGCGAGAUAAGAAGAAAGAGAAGACAGAGAGCCGGUAGGAGAGGGCGAGCGAGAGGUGCUGAGAAGAAACUGUGGCUGGAAGCAUCGAGAGGUUGGCAACGGUGCCGCUCUGCGCUGGGGUGGUGGUGGUGCGCCGUGACACAGUAGUAGAACGAAGGCACGAAGGACACGACCGUGAGAAGAAAGAGGGUUGUUAUGGGGCGAGACUACCAUGGCGUGCUGCUGCUCGCCGCACUGGCCGUGCUGGCAGCCGCGGGCGCCUUCUCCACUGACAGUAAAUCGGCUUGCCCUUUGAGACAAUUCCGCUGCGCCAACGGCAGGUGCAUACCGCUCUCGUGGGUCUGCGACAAAACGGACGAUUGUACUGACAAUUCCGACGAAAGUCCGGAGGAAUGCAAAAACACCCAGGAAUGCAAAGAUACGGAAUUCGAGUGCUCCAACGGCAGAUGUAUACCCAGUAUAUGGCACUGCGACGGAGACCCGGACUGCCCGGACGGCGCUGACGAGGAUCCUGCCGUUUGCAGAACAGCAUCGUGCAGCGAAACGGAGUUUCAAUGCAGCCCAGGCGAGUGCAUCCCGAAGCCAUGGGUGUGCGAUCGCCAGACUGAUUGCAACAACGGCAUGGAUGAGAAGAACUGUCACAGAACCAAGACCUGCACUCCGGAACAAUUUACAUGCCAUUCGGGCAAUGGCGAGUGCGUGGCAUUAACAUGGAUGUGCGAUGACAACCCAGACUGUUCAGACGGUUCAGACGAGGCUGAGUGCAACGAUACUUGCCGGUCUGACGAGUUUACCUGUGCAAAUAAGCACUGCAUCCAACAGAUGUGGGUAUGCGACAAUGACAACGAUUGCGGAGAUAAUAGCGACGAGAAAGGUUGCAGAACGGUAACUUGUCAUCCCGAGACCGAUUUUGCAUGCUCCAACUAUUAUUGUAUAACGUCACGGUGGAGAUGUGACGGCGAUUAUGAUUGUCCCGAUCGAUCCGACGAAAUAGGAUGCAAGGACGUUUCCAAUAAAACAAAAUUAAGCCAUUGUAACAAUGAAUUUGAUUGCGACGAUGGUGUUACUUGUAUUCAUCAAACUUGGGUGUGUGAUGGCGAGAAAGAUUGCCCGAAUGGUGCGGACGAAUCCCCGCAGAGAUGCCAAAAUGUCACCUGCAGACCCGAUCAAUUUCAAUGUGAAGAUCGGCGUUCUUGCAUUUCAGGUCAUUUAUAUUGCAACGGUAAAACCGACUGUGCUGAUGGAAGCGACGAGAAAAAUUGCACAAGCAAAAUCGCUAGCUGUGAUCCACGGAUUCAGUUCGAGUGCAGCGAGGGUUCGUGCAUCCCUUUGGAAAACGUGUGUAACAAAAAUCCAGAUUGCAUCGGCUGGGAGGAUGAAAGCACCGAGCUCUGUGGCGUGAAUGAGUGCACAAAAAACAACGGCGGAUGCUCUCAGAUUUGCGUCGAUCUGCCCAUUGGUUACCGAUGCGACUGCCACCCAGGAUAUAGACUCAUCGACAAUCGCACAUGCGAUGAUAUCGACGAAUGUUUAGAGCCCGGCAGUUGUUCUCAGUUUUGUCAAAAUGAAAAAGGAGGCUUUAAAUGCAGCUGCGCUUCCGGUUAUUUGAAAGAUCCGCGAAAUUCUACACGUUGCAAAGCCGCGGAGGGUCACGCGAGUCUGUUAUUUGCUCGUCGGCACGAUAUUCGAAAGGUAGCUUUAGAUCGUCAAGAAAUGACCGCCAUUGUUAAUAACACCAAAAUGGCAACAGCUUUGGACUUUGUUUUUCGUACUGGAAUGAUUUUCUGGAGCGAUGUCAGUGAAAAGAAAAUUUAUAAAGCUCCGAUAGAUGAAGGAAAUGAACGCACAGUGGUUAUUGAGAACGAUCUUACUACGUCGGAUGGUUUGGCAGUCGAUUGGAUUUACAGCCACAUUUAUUGGACUGAUUCCGGAAAAGAUACCAUUGAAUUGGCCAAUUUUGAGGGAAAUAUGAGGAAAACUUUAAUACGAGACCAUAUUCAAGAACCUAGGGCAAUAGCGCUAAAUCCUUUGGAGGGAUGGAUGUUCUGGACGGAUUGGAGCGACGAAGCUCGCAUCGAACGUGCUGGCAUGGAUGGAACUCAUCGCUCAGUAAUUAUCGGCAGUGACGUCAAAUGGCCUAAUGGUUUAACUUUAGACCUGAUCGGCAAGAGAGUAUACUGGGUAGACGCAAAAUUGAACAUCAUAGGUUCUUGCAAUUAUGACGGUACUGGUAGACGGACAGUUCUCUAUUCUCCCGAUAGUCUCAGGCAUCCUUUUAGCAUCACUACUUUCGAGGAUUAUGUAUAUUGGACUGAUUGGGAUAAAGAAACAAUCUUCAAAGCCAACAAGUUUACCGGAAAAGAAGUGGAAGCUGUAACGUCAAUUCGAACGCUACAACAUCCAAUGGUAGUCCAUGUAUAUCAUCCUUAUAGACAGCCCGACGGAAUGAAUCAGUGCCAAGCUGUCAACGGGCAUUGCAGCCAUCUAUGUUUGCCGGCACCUAGAAUCACCUCUAGAUCACCACAGUUGUCAUGUGCAUGUCCGGAUGGCUUACGAUUAUUACCUGAUGGAUUGAUGUGCGUGGAAAAUGUUACUACCACCGUAGCACCGUCCACGCAAUCAACUACGAAGCCGUUCAUGAGGCUUGAGCCUCUAAAUAUUACUACAACUACGAAUCCACUUUCUUCAGAUGCAGAUGGGAAGAAAACCGCAACAACGGAGUCUACAGAUCCUGGCUUAGUUGCCGGCAUUGUGAUAGGCGUAGUGUCUAUAGGAUUACUGAUGCUCGCGCUUGUAGCUGUGCUCUGCUACAGGCAUUAUCUACAUCGUAAUGUUACCAGUAUGAAUUUCGACAACCCCGUUUACAGGAAAACUACAGAAGAUCAGUUUAGCCUUGAGAAAAACAGAUUCCCACUUCCUGCAGCUACAGUUGGAGAGGAGGCUCAGGAACCAUUAACAAGUCCUGGCACAAAUGACUAUGUUUAAGACUCAGUCUGUUUGAAUGCAGAGAGCUUAACAGGCUAUCGGGAUAUUAUAUCGACCAAGUGAUAAAAACAUGUAAAGAAACAAGAAAUAUUUGCGUCGAAAGAGCCUGUCCAAACGCAUCAUGCCUGCGCUCGCUCGCAAGCCUGCCAACCAACUGUGAUUAUGUUAAUUUUUUUGUAUCUAUUUCUUUACAAAUUUUAGCACUUUGUCACUUGAAUAUAUAUGUAUAUUACGCAACAUAUUUAGAUUUGCGCCGGAGGCAUAAAGGGAGAAAUGUCUAGAGAAACUUGUUGCCAAAUAAGCGAUCUUCACUUCAUAUAUCCAACAGUGUGUAGUUCGAUAUGAGAUUAAGAUUCCUACUGAAUGUUUUCUCUAGUUACGUAUCAUAUAAUUUAUAAUAUAGUAUCCUUUUAGAUGGAUCUAUAAUACGGCCUGGCGCAUAUAACGCGUGAUUCUACACGCGUUAUGUAUACGUAAGAAUAGUGAUUAUCAACUUGUUAUUGUUUAAUUAUUAUUUAUUAUUUAAGGAUAUUAAAGAUAAAGUAGACACUACUGAGUGAGUAGGUGUAGAACAUAACAAAAUACUGCUUUUUUCUUAGCAGUAUUUUGUAGAAAAACCAUUUGUAAAUAACACACGAAUCUCAAUUGUAUUGUUAAAAUUAUUUGCAAAUUACUGCACAAUGUGAAACACGAUAUGAAAGUUAUAAUAGUUAAAAGAAUGCUGUGAAAUAAAUUAUCAAAGUAAAGUGAAAUAAGAGGCUAUAAUUAA